AUGAGCUGCAAAAUUCAAUUGUCAUCAAUACCGGAAGUUGGAUCUAGCUUUAAUGGAAAAGUAAUAUGUCAAAUUCCCAAUGCAAUAAGGACAAGAGAAAUCAGAUGUGUCUUGAAAGGUAGAGAAAAAACAAGAUUUAAGCAAGGAAAAAACACCGUUACUGGACUUCAUGAGUUUUUAUUAGCAAAACAAGUUUUAUACGAUAAAGAUUCUAUUGAACCUGGUACAUACGAAUUCCCUUUUGAAUUUUAUUUACCUCCAGAUUUACCAAAUUCUGUUGAAAGAGAUUCCGGAUCUAUAAGAUAUUCUCUAACAGCUACUGUCGAUAUACCAUUUGAUUUUGACUAUGAGGAAAAGAUUCGAAUGGAAUUUACACACCCUGUUGAUUUAAAUCUUCAACAUGGAGUAUUAUUGGGAAACAUUACCUAUGAAUGGCAAGAAACAAUCAGUUGCUUAUGUUUCGAUACUGGAAAUGCAACAAUGAAGGUCACUUUAGAAGAAAGAAAUGCAUAUCUUCCAGGGGAAUUGUUAAAAAUGUUUGUAGAGGUUAAAAAUUUUACCAGUUACAAUAUUGAGCGCCUUGAUGUUACUUUAACAAGGGUAACAACUUUCAAAAGUGACAGAGGAAGUUCUAGACGACAAAGAGUGCCUUUAUCCAAUCAAACUUACAACGGAGUAGGUUCUAAUUCCGAAAAUACUUACUCCAUUGAUUUUAGAAUUCCGCAAGCCAUUCUUCCGAGCAAUUUUUUUAGGUGUACAAUAAUUGAAGAGGUUUAUAGAUUAAGAGUUUGUGGUGUAUAUCCUCCAUUAUAUGAUGAUUUAAUUGUGGAUAUCAAUCUUAUUAUAGGAGUGAUCCCUCUUCGCUCUGUGGCAGUGGAUGGAGCAACAAUUCUGGGGAACUAG